AUGGGUAAAUCCUUCUCUCACCUGCCUCUGCAUUCGUGUAAAGACGAUGGCUACGACGGGAUGGUGUCGUCCGAUAACUUGAGGAACGGCCUGAUCCAUUCCGAGAGCCACAACGAGGACACGAGGAACGGCGACGUGUCUCAGUUCCCCUACGUGGAGUUCACCGGCAGAGACAGCGUCACGUGUCCCACCUGCCAGGGCACCGGCAGGAUCCCCCGCGGCCAGGAAAACCAGCUGGUGGCGCUGAUCCCAUACAGCGACCAGAGGCUGCGGCCCAGAAGGACGAAGCUGUAUGUGAUGGCUUCGGUGCUGGCGUGUCUCCUGCUCUCCGGCCUCGCUGUCUUCUUCCUCUUCCCGCGAACCAUCGACGUCAAGUACGUCGGCGUGAAGUCGGCCUACGUGAACUACGAUGAGACGAAGCGCGUCAUCUACCUGAACAUCACG